CUUUUCUCUUUUUUUUCUGAAAGUGUCACGAUCUCUUCCACGGCCGUUGCUCUGAGAGACCGUUCCCGGAACAAGCGGUUCUUUCACCAGGAGGCGGUGCGGAGUUUGGGCCGGGGCGCCUCUGUUCUGGGGGCCUUGGAGACUCCUGGGAGAGGGCCGCCGUUCUCCGGGGCGACGGGGGGGGCACGCUCUUUGUGGGCUAUAAUGGCGCAGUGUCUCCACGCCUGUGCGGUCCCGGAGGCGUGUGGGUGUUUAAAUGUCACGGGCUUGUGAAACUCGCAUUGGCCAAAGGCUGGGGAAAAAAAAAAAAAAAAAAAAAACCCUCUACUAGGCGUGUGUUGGGUUGAUACGUGGGAUGUUCUGUUUCUCGUGUCUGUCAGUCAAAGCUUCAAGACUUCUUGCUGGAUGCUUUUUAUAAAGUGUUGACUGCAAGGUCUGCACGUUGUUGCGGUGGUUCAGGUUAGUUGAGUUGUGGGUAAAAAUAUGCAAAUCAGGUACAUUAUCAAUAUUAUUAUUAGAUCCCUGUUCUUAUGGCUUAUACCAAAUUGAAUCCCAUCUUCAAGGUACGCAUUGCCAGCAGUGUGUUUUGUUUCUUUUGGUGAGUGGAGUCCACUGCAGCCACCCUGAUGUGGCUGCUACCCAAUCAGAGUGUCUGCCUGUGGCUCUUGGCCAAUCACAGUGCCGGAACUUCAUGGGUCUUGGCUGUUGGGUGGUAUGAGAGGCUGAAAACAGAGCCAGAGUCCCACCGAGAUCCUGGAACUUCCUGUUUUUGGCGCUGUGGCUGGGCCUUGUGCCGGGGGCGGGAGAGCUCCUGCUGCUGCUCAGUGCUGCUCUGUGGUCUGGACUUCACCAAGAAACAGAGGAGCCAGGAGAACCUGUGCUCUGUGGUCUGGACUUCAACAAGAAACAGAGGAGCCAGGAGAACCUGUGCUCUGUGGUCUGGACUUCACCAAGAAACAGAGGAGCCAGGAGAACCUGUGCUCUGUGGUCUGGACUUCACCAAGAAACAGAGGAGCCAGGAGAACCUGUGUUCUGCUCUGGAGGAGCUGGGAGAACCUGUGCUCUGCUUGCGGGCUGAGGACGUCCCGCCGGAGGUGCUGAGGCAGCGGGAGGUCAAGUGGCUGGACAUGCUCAACCACUGGGACAAGUGGAUGGCCAAGAGACACAAGAAGGUGAAGCUGAGGUGUCAGAAGGGCAUCCCGCCCUCUCUGCGGGGCCGGGCGUGGCUCUACCUGUCCGGGGGGAAGGUGAAGAGGGAGCAGAACCAGGGGAAGUUCCAGGAGCUGGACAGCCAGGCCGGAGAUCCUAAGUGGGUGGACGUGAUUGAGAGGGACCUACACAGGCAGUUCCCCUUCCACGAGAUGUUCAUGGCACGCGGGGGAUACGGGCAGAAGGAUCUGUUCAGCGUAUUGAAGGCCUAUACUCUGUACAGGCCAGAGGAGGGUUACUGUCAGGCUCAGGCUCCCAUUGCUGCUGUGCUGCUCAUGCACAUGCCUGCGGAGGAUGCUUUCUGGGGUUUGGUCCAGAUCUGUGAGAAGUACUUACCAGGAUACUACAGCGCAGGCCUGGAGGCGAUCCAGCUGGACGGGGAGAUUCUGUUCGCCCUGCUGCGGCGCGUCUCUCCCCUGGCCUACCGCCACCUGAAGAAGCACAAGAUGGACCCCAUCCUGUACAUGACCGAGUGGUUCAUGUGCGCCUUCUCCCGCACCCUGCCCUGGGCCUCCGUGCUGCGUGUGUGGGACAUGUUCCUGUGUGAGGGUGUAAAGAUCAUAUUCCGGGUGGGCCUGGUGCUGCUGAAAUGCAUGCUGGGAUCUCAGGAGAAGCUGAAGAAGUGCCCAGGCCAGUACGAGACCAUGGAGCUGCUCCGAGCCAUCCAGCCGCGCUACAUGCAGGAGAGCUUCCUGGUCCGAGAGGUGCUGGAGCUGACCGUGUCGGAGCGGGACAUCGAGAAGGAGCACCACACCCAGCUGCGGCGCUGGAAGGAGACGCACGGCGAGCUCCGCUGCAAGUCCCCUCCCAGGAUGCACGGCGCCCGCGCCAUCAUGGUCGCUGAGCCGCCCAGCCGGCAGGACCUCAAGCAGAAGCCCACCAUCGUUGUGGACUCGCCCCUCGCCCCCUCCUCCUCAUCCCGGCCUGGCGGGAGGGGGGCGGGGGCGGGGCAGGAGGAGGACGCGGCGAGGGGGAGGGGCCGGCCGACGGGGAAGGAGGGGCCGGCCAAUCCUAACCUCCUACCCAGCGACCCCCGCCCCCUCGUCAAGGACACGCCCCUCCAUGGCUCCGCCCAGAGCGUCAGCAGCACGGAGCACGACACCUACCUGUAGCUCGCCCUCUUGUGGUGAGAGAGGGGAAGCGUGGCCAGGAUUGGUGGAGAGAGGCCAGGAGCGAAUGACUGCUGAUGAUGACUGUCUCGGAAACCUGGGGCAGCCUCCCGCACAGCCCCGCCUCUCCCCAUUGUGACAUCAGCAGAUUUCUGUAGCUCCUCCCACAUGACCUUUUGCCCCCUGCAGUGCCAGACCCAGACAGUUUACACGUUGAUACCCCCCCCCACCCCCCCUCGCCCCCAACCCUCAAAGCCAAGCCCCUGUCUGAAGAGUUUUUAUUUUUUAUUUGUGUUUUUAUAUCAUACUACAAUAGUCUGUGCGGUUUCUAAACUAAAGGCCAGUGUGAAAUCCCGUACACACAGGGAUUGUGGGUCGCCCUUUGUCCAAAUGUCCACCAAGCCGGGGAGACAUACCUGCACGGUUUCCUCUGGAGGGCUGUGGAAGUUCACCAAGCACUGAUCUGGGGUCAGCUGACUGAAUGCUCACCCUAACCCAAACCCUUGUGCAGAAACAGCUAAAGCUGAUCCCAGGUCUGGGCUGGAGGGCACUCCUCUCUGUCCAUUCAGGUCUUCCGGAUCAUUCCUUUUCAGGGACAUGGAAAGGUUUCUGAAAACAAGACUGUGUGUUGCUGAAACACUCUAGUGUGCUGGCUGCCGUCUUUUAUUAGCUCAUUUUAUAAGUUUUCAUUUAUAUGGGAAGAACAGCCGCAGCCCUCUUUGAUUGUGACAUCAUAGAGGACCAGGGCCGGCAUGGAAUGCCAGAGACUAUGCAGCCAAUCAGCUGGGGGUGGGGUGGAGACGGCGGUGUUAGGAAGCCAUUUUAAGGGCCAGUUUUUUCUUUUUGAUUUGGUGCCAUUGAAUUGAUCUUAACUGACCUCCGUGGCUAAGGACCAACUCCACUUUCUGUAGUUCUGUAGUUUUUCUGUAGUACAAUUCUCCCUUCUGAGUGCCAACCAAUACCCAGCCCCACUUAGCUUCACCUUCUCAGAAGGCCAUUGGCCGGCUUGGCUGCUCACUGCUGACCCCGCCCACUCCACUCCCUCUGUACCGCCUCCGAUCAUUUCUGUUCUCUCAGAGAUCAGUGUUCUCCGCGUAAUUUGUUUACCGAGCGUACACUGUUCUCCAAAGCCAGUUACACACCCGCAUUUCUUAUGUAACUCCCAUUUAAACAGCUUGAUUUUUACUGAAGCAGUUGAGGUUAAGUACCUUUCCCAAGGGUUCAAUGGCACUGCCCCAUUUUGGAUUUGAACCUGCAGUCCCUGAGAUACAGACCCAACUCCAUAAGGUUGUCGUGGCCGAUUUCAUCUGAGUUAUUGGACGGCAGUGAGAGAUGUAAUGGAUAUUCCCGAGCAUCAGGGGGCGCUGUUUGACAAUAUUUCCCUCCAGUUAUAAACAUUCCUCUUCACUCAAGUGUGAGUUUCAACAGCAAAAACAUUCCUCUGCCUGACAAAAGCAUUCCUCAUUUAAAAUGACUGGGAAACCUUUCACAAAAUCAUGUGCCCAUGGUUCCUAAGUGAAGAGAAGCAGGACUGGAACAUGCUUUAUGGUCAAGCUGCAGAAAUGAUCGUUAGCCGAUGUCUGGCACACGUUUCAGAGUAGCCUUAACUUUCACACAUUCAGUAAGCACUUCCUGCUCCGCCCUCGGAGCAGUGAACAAACAGGAAACAAGCGCCUCCACGCAGCUACACCCCCCCUGGCCCUUCUCGCCCCUGGCCCUUUUGAAAGCCCCGUUUCCAAGUUUUAUCACAAAAUGGCCGCAGGGGUUGAGUGGCUGCUCUCCCCUGUGGGUUUGCGCCAGGAAAGCCACUUCUUUAGCAACAGCCUGAGCAACGGGAAGCUUCAGGACAAAUCUCACUUCUGUAUCAGAGCCGAUUUCUCUCAAUGAGAAGUGAACUUUCCAGACUGUAAUACUGGACAGAUCGGAAGAAAAUACAAUCGAAACAUUUCAGUUACAAAUAGCUGGGAGUGGCCGUUCGAAUUAUUUGACAAUGAGCACAAACAUGUUAAGAAUUGGCAUGAAAAGUAAUGUUUAACUACAACUGCAGGUCACACCAGUCACUAUGAUAUGUAGUGCCCUCAUGGGAGUUGUAGUUUAAUUAUUAAUUUGGUGUUUUAUUUUACGUUGAUUGCCUGAUUCCUUGAUGCAAAUCAACAAAUAACAAACAGACAAAUGCAGUUUUAAUUUUGUCGUGUCUCAUUUCAAAUUCAUGCAUUUGGUUAGAGAUCCAUUCUGGAAGUUUCUUAACUUCUGCUUGCCUAGCAUACAGCAGUGCAUUGAGUCUAUGCAGUGCAUCGUGGGAAAUGUAGUUCUGUAUGCCGUUACACUUAGCCCCCCAUGACAGUUCCAGGAUGAAGCAAGAAAGGGCACUAAGUGGAAAAUGAACCUUCCCAGGCUGUGUGUCUGCACUGGGAGUUCCUGGAAUAACAGACUGUGCUGUUAGAGACCCACAGAAAACAGGAAGUUUGACCUGCAAGAAUGAUGAGGAGGAAUUUUGUAUGUGAAGUAGCCAACUGGCAUCUAGGACUUUCAAUCAUUUUUGUUUUUAUGUACAAAGUUAUUUUUUUCAAUCCUGUAAAGAUUUACAUUCUUGUAUAUAACAUAAAGAUAACAGACUUAUGACACUAUAGAUUUAUAAAUUAAAUCUUUUGUAAAGCUUCAAAGUUUUUGUUUUUGGGCAGAAUGUAUAAGCUGUUUUUAUUUGUUUCUUGCUCACAGGAACGUUGACCAUUUCAAAGCUGUUAUAUGAAGGUUGUGUGCGGGGCGUCUUCACUAUCGAACGCUGUGGCCUGUCCCAUGUGUUGUCGUACUCUGCUGUGAGAGAAACUACAGUGACCAGCUUUCUUAAACCCUCA